AGGGACCUAUUCCUUCGCUUCGUGUGGAUGGGGUGGGUGGCGUUCGGUGGCCCGACAGCGCAUAUUGCCCUCUUCCAAAAGGUCUUUGUGGAGAAGCUGAAAUGGCUGUCAUCUACCGUCUUCCUGGAGCUGCUCGGCCUGUCCCAGUGCCUGCCUGGGCCCACCUCAACUCAGGUCUCCUUUGCCAUCGGCGUGGUGCACAAGGGAGUCACUGGCGGCCUCAUGACGGGCGUGCUGUUCCAGUACCCCGGCUUCCUCAUUGCAUCGCUGGUGGGCGCCGGUGCCGCCAACUUCCUCAAGAACCCCGCCCCGUGGCUGGAGGGCAUCGUCGCAGGCUUGGCAGCAGUGGGUGUGGCACUGGUGGCGAGCGCUGCAAAAGGCCUGACGUACGGCACAUGCAAGGACCGCACCACGAUGAUCAUUAAUGCGGUGGCGGCCAUAAUCUCAUACUACUUCCCCGCCACGUGGAUCUUCCCCACCCUCAUCCUGGCAGGCGGCGUCGUCACCCUCUUCACCCUGCGCAAAAGACUACUGUGGGGGGGGGACUUUGAGACGAAUUUUACUGUUGAACAGGUGUCCAAGGCGAGCGCGGCGGACCGCAUAGAGAAGCUCGGGGUCAGCCGCGCGGUGGGUCUCGUCCUGAUUGCGGCAUGGGCGAUCGUGCUGGUUCUGACCAUCGUAUUCCGCCGCCGCACCGACUACGCCGAGCGCAAGGAGCUGUACUGGUGGGAGGCGUUCUACCGCACCGGCUCCAUCAUCUUUGGCGGCGGCCAGGUGGUCCUCCCCCUGCUGCAGAAUGAGGUGGUAGCGACCGGCUGGGUGUCUCAGGCAGACUUUCUCACCGGCCUCGCCCUCGUUCAGGCCAUGCCGGGGCCCCUCUUCAACUUCGCAGCCUACCUCGGCGCCGUCAUAGCGUACAAUGCCGGUGUGAGCGUGGUGGCGGGAAUAUUCAUCUGCUGGGUGGCGCUGUUUGCUCCGGGCAUCCUGCUCAUCUACGGCUUCAUGCCAUGGUGGGGUGGCUUCCGCCACUUCCAGGUGUACCGCAGGAUGCUGCCGGGUCUGAACUCCGCCGCUGUGGGCCUGAUUGUGGCAUCUGUCUUCUCGCUGACCUUCCAAAUAUAUGCUGCCAGCCCCUUCCCCAACACCACCAUCUGCAUCGGCAUCAUCGGCUUCGCCCUGGUGGACUUUGUGGGCUGCCCUGCGCCACUGGCUGUGCUGAUUGGCGGUGUCUGUGGUGUCAUCGGAUGGGCGGCGCACAUGCACUGAAUGCAGAUGCAAGAUGGGGGCAGGUUCUCGAUCUGAAGAGACAGGUUGCCUUAUUAGUAAUUGCUAGCUGUCAGCUUGACAUUUUCAGGCUGUGAGCUGCGUGAAAAUAUCCGUCUGCAAGCAUGUUUGCGCAAUGGUGUUGCACGCACAUAAUUGGAAUGGUUGGUGCAUCCAAGCUAUUUGAUUCGGCAGCAUGUGAGGCCGGCAGGCCUGAGGUCCCAGGAUCUGAUACAUGAAUUUCUUUCUUUGGUAGGUAAGAGCUGCAACUCGUAUAAAGUACCUCUCAAGCGCUGCUUAAGUGAAUUCUGCAAAAGUAUAAAAUCAUG